AUGUGCAAUAAUAAGCAGACAAGAUCAGACGUUGUCAGCAUUUUAAUAGCCAUUUUGCACGAUGGUUUGCGCAGUCAAAAGGCCUUGGAAAAGAUGUUCAGUCAAAUCGCCCUAAAAUCUAAAAAGGGCGAACAUCUUAGCGUGUCAUACAGCUUUCCUAUUGGCUGCCUGCCUAAUUCUAUUGGUGUACAAGUGAUUGAAGCCCUUCUCUUCUUAUUGGAGAAGAUUCCGGCCAUGAGACUAUAUUUGCUCACCGAGCAUGAGAACAGUUUCCUCACCAAGAAGCACUUGAAAAAGUUCAGACUCAAGAAAGCUUCAUACUUUGAGGACAGAUAUCCAAUUAAUUUGCUCUUCAGACUUUUGGAAAACCCGCUUCUCAGCGAAGACCACCUCUUCAUUGAUUUGCUUUCAAAUGUGUUGAAUUACGCGACGCGGCCGUUGUUGAUGAUGCGUGAUAAAGAAAAGGCCUUGCCCGCAUCAUUCUCCACGAGUUUCAUUCCCGAGAAGAACUUGCGUUUAUUGGUCAAAAUUUUGGCUUCGAAUGAGUGUGUUAACUCGACGUUCAGAAGCACAAUCAGUUGCAUGCAUCAUCUUUCCUUGUUGAUCAAUACUCAAAACGUGUUUUCGAAGGAGCUUUCUGAACGUGCUACUGAGUUUGGAGAUCUUAUUAUCGAAGACCUUGAUGUUUUAACGAGUGAGUUGCCAAAGGAGCCGAAAGCCGAAACACAAGAAAACAAGAUGGUAAGUAAAUUCACUGCAUCAAGUUCAGACCAGGCUAAACUUCUCAGAAUAUUAACUGCCUUGGACUAUAUGUAUGAGAGUCAAAAGAGGGAGCAUGGAUCUGAAAGCUCAAAUGAUGAUGAAUUGUUGUCUGGUCUCUACAAGCACCUUCAGCUUGGAAAAUUAUGGAAAGCUCUCAGUGACUGUUUAAGAAUUUUGGAAGACAAUUCCGAUCUUUCACACGUUGCUACCGCUUUGCUCCCAUUGAUAGAGGCACUCAUGGUUGUAUGCAAACAUAGUAAGGUAAAGGAGCUUCCAAUCAAGGAUGUGAUGAAGUACGAGGUGAAGAAGAUAGAUUUCACAAAAGAGCCUAUUGAAAGCUUGUUUUUCUCCUUUACGGAUGAGCACAAGAAGAUUCUUAAUCAGAUGGUAAGAUCGAACCCAAACCUCAUGAGUGGUCCAUUCAGUAUGUUGGUGAGAAAUUCAAGGGUAUUGGAGUUCGACAACAAAAGAAACUACUUUAACAGACAAUUACAUGAUGAGAAAGAACCCAGUGCAAAGAUGGGUGUCAGCAUUCGGCGUGAUCAAGUGUUUCUUGACUCUUACAGAGCGCUUUUUUUCAAGUCUGUCCAAGACUUCAAAAAAGCUCAUUUGGAAAUCAACUUCAAGGGAGAAGCCGGAAUUGAUGCUGGUGGUGUCACCCGAGAAUGGUACCAGGUCUUGUCACGCCAGAUGUUCAAUCCCGACUAUGCCUUGUUUACACCAGUCGCUAGCGAUGAAAACACAUAUCAUCCCAACAGAACGUCUUAUAUCAAUCCGGAACAUUUAUCAUUUUUCAAGUUCAUUGGGCGCACAAUUGGAAAGGCUAUAUACGAUGGAUGCUUUUUGGACUGUCAUUUCAGCAGAGCUGUCUACAAGAAGAUCUUAGAUCGUUCAGUGUCUCUCAAAGACAUGGAGAAUUUGGAUUUGGAAUAUUUCAAAUCCUUGAUGUGGAUGCUCGAGAAUGACAUCACGGACAUUAUUACAGAAGACUUUUCGGUGGAGACGGAUGAUUACGGAGAACACAAGGUCAUCGAUCUUGUGCCGGACGGAAGAAACAUACCUGUGGAUGAGAGCAAUAAACAUGAAUAUGUGCGACUUGUUGUCGAGUACAGAUUGCAGACAUCGGUCAAUGAGCAGAUGCAGAAUUUCAUCACCGGAUUUCACGAGAUAAUUCCUCGCGAUUUGGUGGCCAUCUUCGACGAGCAAGAACUUGAGUUGUUGAUCAGUGGAUUACCGGACAUCGAUGUCCAGGACUGGCAAAACAAUACAAACUAUCACAACUACUCCGCGUCGUCAGAACAGAUCCAAUGGUUUUGGAGGGCAGUCAAGUCCUUUGACAACGAAGAGAGAGCAAAAUUAUUGCAGUUUUCCACAGGCACGUCGAAGGUACCCUUGAAUGGGUUUAAAGACUUGAGGGGAGCCAAUGGCGUGUGCAAAUUCAGCAUCCACCGUGACUACGGAGCCAAGGACCGCUUGCCGUCGUCGCACACGUGCUUCAAUCAGAUCGACUUACCAGUGUACGAGUCUUACGAGACUCUACGUGGGUCGUUGUUGCUAGCUCUUUCCGAGGGCCACGAAGGAUUCCAGUUGGCAUGA